AUGCGUUUCAAAUUUUCGCCACGAAUUAAACCACGCUCGGCUUUGUUUUGCCGUGAUACGAUAGUUAAAGGAGUUAUGGUCAAUUAUGGUAACUUAAUUAAAUUGCUCUGGAGCUCCAGUCGAGAUAUCGACAUUAAAUCGAAUGCCCAAUCGGAAUUCAAUUACCUUGUGUUAGAAGUGACGGACGGUAAAAUGAAUCUUUAUUUUUGCUUAGUGGUAAUGUCAUGUAAAAUUUCAACUACCUUUCAAAAAAAUAUGAAAAAUUCUGAUAUAGAGACUUUACUUGAGCAAUUAGCCUCAGAUAAUAAUAAUGAAAGUAUAAAAUCGACGACAACAAAUACUCUGGGAAACAGUACGAAAAUUAUUUAUUUUAAAACAGUUACAGAACCUAAAAUAUUUAAAAGACAAUCGAGUAAUGUCGAGAAUGUAAGGGAAGAUAAUGAAUCUCCUGACUUUGUUUAUGAUGAUACAUAUGAUAGUGACCUGCCUAAUUUUAGAAGGGGCGAACAUAAUAGGUCUAUAAAAAAAAUAGACUCAUUACAAAACUUAGAAAAACAAGCUGAGCCUAAAGCAGCAUUGCAAGCCGAAGGAAUGAGUCACAUUUCAAAUACAAAAACACCUCUCAGUCGAGGAAGUAUUUUACCAGAAUUUGUUGUAGAUCAAAUUGUUUAUGAAGAAAGUGAAAGUAAUAACAACUUCAAAAGUACAAUUGAAGAACUAGAAAAAAAAAUCACAAGCCACAAUGAAAAGGAAAGAUACAAAUUUUCACGACUGUUUCAAGAGAUAAAAAAUCUCUACAACGAAUUAGAGGAAUUGAAAAAAAUACAAGAGCAACUAAAUAGAACUCAGGGAAUUCUUACACGUAGGGACAAUUCAGCAAAUGAGCGGUCGGGUAAUGCAUUGAAUUUGCCCACACCAAAAUGUUGCUCGAAGACGAUUAAUCCAGUUAGAUAUCCAAUGCAGCAUCACACACAUGCAAACCCAUAUGUGGACCAAUUGCCAAUUAUUAAUAACUACCCAAAAACGCUCUUUCCACCAAACCUACCUUAUUUACGAACAAUACCCAGACGCUUUUCAUCAAAUUUUAAUAAUAAUUCGAGGUUCGUACAGCACACUCCAUUGUUUAAAUACUUUCAUUAG